GUGCUGUCAUGGUUGUCACUUUGCAAAAGGAAAACGAGGAAGAUUUUUGGUCGUCGGUCCUCUCUGCAUUGGAGGUUUUUAUUUGGAAUAUCUUUUCAGAUGUUCCUUCGCGGAUUGUUGUUCCCAUAAAUUGAUUAGUUUUUAAUUGGCUACUACAUUUAGUUUUUUUUUUAAAGUUUUGAAGAUUUAAAAUUUCAAAAAUGGCUAGUGUUUCGUAUCAAAUUGCAAAUCUUCUUGAGAAGAUGACUUCGAACGAUAAAGAUUUUCGCUUCAUGGCAACUAAUGAUUUGAUGACUGAAUUGCAAAAAGAUAGUAUAAAGCUUGAUGAUGAUUCUGAAAGAAAGGUCGUGAAAAUGCUUCUUCGUUUACUGGAAGACAAGAAUGGAGAAGUACAAAAUUUGGCAGUUAAAUGUCUUGGACCUUUAGUAAAUAAAGUAAAAGAAUUUCAAGUGGAAAGUAUUGUGGAUACACUUUGUGCGAACAUGCUUUCUGAUACGGAACAGCUGAGGGAUAUCAGCAGCAUUGGCCUCAAGACUGUUAUCUCAGAAUUACCACUAGGCUCCAAUACUCUGGCUGCAAAUGUGUGCAAAAAGAUCACUGGAAGAUUGAGUAGUGCUAUAGAAAAGCAAGAAGAUGUGUCAGUACAACUGGAGGCUUUAGAUAUCCUAGCUGAUCUCCUUAGCAGAUUUGGUGGUCUCUUGAUAUCUUUCCACACCAUGCUUUUGAAUUCCCUUCUUCCCCAGCUAGCCUCUCCACGCCAGGCUGUCCGCAAACGCACCAUAGUAGCACUGUCUCACCUCGUCAUGUCGUGCAACUCGUCACUCUACAAUAAACUUAUCGACCAUCUGCUUGAGGGCCUGGGGUCAUCCACGUCGGCUAGCGUCAGCCGUACCCAUAUACAGUGCAUUGCGGCUGUGUGCCGCCAAGCUGGUCACAGAUUUGGCGAACAGCUGUGGCGUGUGGCUCCGCAGGUUCUGGAACAUUCCACAGACGCUGACGAGGAGCUGAGAGAACAUUGCCUGCAGGCGCUUGAGGCUUUCGUUCUUAAAUGUCCCAAAGAAGUUCAGCCACACAUCCCUACGAUAAUCGAGCUGUGCUUGAAAAUGAUCACUUAUGAUCCAAAUUACAACUACGAGGAUGAGGAGGAGCACGGCGGCGGGGAGGACGAGGAGAUGGAGGACGAGUCGUUCGCGCCCGAGGCGGAACCCGACUCGGACUCCGAGGAGUACUCCGAUGACGACGAUAUGUCGUGGAAGGUGCGUCGUGCAGCCGCUAAAUGCUUGGAGUCCGUAAUUUCAACUCGCCACGAGCUGCUCGCCGAGAUGUAUGUGACCGUGUCGCCUGCUUUGAUUGCUAGAUUCAAAGAACGCGAAGAGAACGUGAAAUGCGACAUACUCAGCGCGUACACAGCGUUGUUGCGAGCGACGCGCCCGCCGCCAGCUUUGCAGAUGACUAAUAUCGCACCCUCCGAAAACUCUCCACAAGCGUUACUCUUACAGAGGGUGGGCAGCGUCGUGCGCGGCGCGCUCACUGUGAUCCGCGGACGCAGCGUGCGCGCCCGCGGCUGCGCGCUCGCGCUGCUGCGGGAACUGCUGGCGGCCGCGCCCGGCUGUCUGCUGGAGCACGCCGCCCGCGUCGUGCGCGCGCUCACGCCCAAGCUCACCGACAAGAGCACAGCGUCGUCAAUGAAGAUCGAAACCCUAGUGUUCAUAGUGUGUCUAGUUCGCAGCCACGAAAGUUCUGCGAUGCGUCCGCACGUCGCCGCCUUACUACCGGCAGUGCUGUCUUGCGUACAUGACCCCUUCUACAAGGUCACCGCUGAAGCGCUCAGGGUUUUACAGACGCUCGUUAAAGUUAUGCGUCCUCUAGAAAGCCUACAGAAUAUGGAAGGUGAGGAGCUGGCGGCCGUGGAACCUCCACCGGAGGAACUUCAUGAGUUCAUCCCCGCCAUGUACCAAUGUACACUAGUACGCCUGCGUGCGGCCGAUAUGGACCAAGAGGUCAAAGAGCGAGCUAUCGCUGCUUGCGGGCAACUCAUAUGUCACUUUGGUGAUUAUUUGCAGGAUGAGCUUCCCGUCUGCCUGCCUAUAUUUUUAGAACGCCUCCGCAACGAAAUAACUCGACUUACAACAGUAAAGGCUUUGACUAAGAUUGCCUCGUCCCCGCUUCGGAUCAAUCUCAGACCUAUUUUGGCUGAUGCCGUGCCUAUUUUGGGAUCAUUUUUGAGGAAAAAUCAAAGGGCUUUGAAAUUGUCAACUCUCGUCCUUUUGGAUACAUUGGUGCAAAACUAUAGCAACGCUGUCAGCAUAGAACUUUUGAGCAAGGUAUUGAUGGAAGUGCCGGCCCUGGUGAGCGAGUCGGACCUGCACUGCGCGCAAACCGCACUGACUCUAGUGCGGGACGCGUGUCUGCAAGUGCCGCAAGCUCUCACGCCUGAAGUGCGACACGCGCUCACGCCCAACAUUCUAGCUCUGGCCAAGUCUCCGCUGCUGCAGGGCGGAGCGCUGAAGGCCAUGCUGGACGUGCUGAGCGCGCUGGUGGCGGCGGACGUGGCGGGCUGCUCGCGCCGCGAGCUGCUGGCGCUGCUGGUGGCGCCCGUGCAGCGCGCGCCGGACCACGCCGCCACCGCGCACCACAUCAAGCAGGCAUUCCACUCGUUGGCGAAAUGCGUGGCCGCGGUGGUGGUGUCUGGCGGAGAAGACGCCUUGGACGUGGUGCGGCAGUUCCUACGAGACGCCGCCCGCCCACCAAACGAUGCCCACCACAUGUUUGCUUUGCUCGCCUUGGCGGAGAUCGGCAGGCAUUUAGACCUGAGUUCCAUCCCCAACUUGAAGGAAGUGCUGCUUGAUUCCUUCACCCCGUCGUCUGAAGAAGUGAAGUCGGCCGCGAGUUACGCGCUCGGCUCCGUGGCGGUGGGGAACCUGCCGGAGUUCCUACCCUUCAUACUGAACGAGAUUGAAGCUCAACCUAAACGACAAUAUUUGUUGCUUCACUCACUUCGAGAGAUAAUAACCUGCGAAUCGUGUACACCAGAAGGCGUGGAAGCGCUGAGGCCUUUCAUAAGGGAUAUUUGGAUGCAACUCUCGAAACACUGCCAAUGUGCGGAAGAAGGAUCUCGUAAUGUAGUUGCGGAAUGCUUAGGGAAAUUAUGUUUAUUAGAACCGCAGGAACUCUUGCCUCAACUAAAGGAGUUCCUCAGGUCUCCAGAACCUCUUACUAGAACCACUGCCGUAACUGCUGUCAAAUUCACGAUAUCUGAUCAGCCACAAGCGAUAGACCCGCUCCUCCGCGGCUGCAUGUCGGAGUUGCUGGUGCCGCUGCGCGACUCCGAGCUGGGCGUGCGACGGGUUGCGCUGGUGGCGUUCAACUCGGCCGCGCACAACAAGCCGUCGCUCGUGCGCGACCUGUUGCCGCAGGUGCUGCCCACCAUCUACAGCGAGACCAAAGUCAAGAAAGAGCUGAUCCGCGAAGUAGAAAUGGGUCCGUUCAAGCACUCGGUAGACGACGGUCUCGAUCUUCGCAAAGCCGCUUUCGAAUGCAUGUACACACUCCUGGGAACAUGCCUUGACCGGUUGGACGUGUUCGAGUUCCUGCGCCACGUGGAGGACGGCCUGCGCGACCACUACGACAUCAAGAUGUUGACAUACUUGAUGUGUGCCAGGCUGGCGCAUUUGUGUCCUGCUGUGGUGCUUCAAAGGCUAGAAAGCCUAGUGGAGCCGUUGAAGGUGACGUGCACGAUGAAAGUGAAGGCCAACUCCGUGAAGCAGGAGUACGAGAAGCAGGACGAACUGAAGAGGUCCGCGCUCAGGGCCACGGCCGCCUUGCUGCAGAUACCGGAGGCUGAGAAAAACCCGCACCUGAUGGAGUUCGUGUCCCAAAUCAAGAGUUUCCCCGAACUGCAGCCGAUCUUCGAGUCCAUCCUGAAGGACUCGGCGGGCGCCGGCGGCCUCGACUCCAACCUCAUGGACCAGAGCUAGCGGCGCCGCCUGCCCGCCAUACACACGCUGCGCAUCUAACCGAAACAAUAACCUAUCUAUCCAAUUUACAUCAUUGUUGCGCUGCGCAUACGAAGUCGGGUACGUUCUUGAUCAGCUUUCUAUAGAGAUGCAAAUGUGUCUUCAAUAUCUGUGUAUAGUUUUAUUUCCUAAAACACUGAUUGAUGUUUAGCCGAGACACUUCAGUUCGAGUCUUACUACAGAAAAAUAUUGCUUAACCGAUAUUGGUGCUAUUGUACCCAUAUUUUCUUUUCCUUUGUUGAUUCCCUUUUGGUAAAAUACUUUCAAAGUGUUAAUUUAAUGCUAAAAGUAAUACUUCGUUUUAUGCCCGAGUUAUUUGGAAUGUGUUUGUGUAUGUAUGUAUAUGUCGCAAGCAAUUAAUUUUGUAGUAAGUCUUGUUAAAUAUAAUCGUAAGUUUUACUAGGCUAUUACAAAAUCAGUAUAUGUGACUAAAUUGGUAAUAAAAUGUCUUGUAAUAUUAACAUAUUUACUAGCGCACUAUGUAAAAUGAUGGUCAUCCUAAAGCUUGUAAAAAAAAGAAGAAAGCGGCUAAACCCCUAUUACUUUGAGCUCAUAAGAUUUUGUGGUAUAAAAUUGCCUUCGUGAAAUGAGCGAGAAGGAAAGUUGCCAGGUCCUAAUAAUCUUUUAUUGACACUUGAUCUAUAAAAAUCAGAUAUAAGUCUUAGAUAUGUGAAUAUUCGGAUAGAUAAGUUAUUUAUUUCGUGUAUUGUUUUAGUGUUGUGGGAAUUUUACAUUGUUUACGUAUGUGUGUGGGACGUUUGUAUACAGAAGUUGUAAUUUAUGUACUCAUUGUGGCUGUAUGAAAUUCUCACAACAAUAAAACCCUUGCGCGUUUGCGUCAACCACGCUGGUUCUAUUUUUAUGUUUGUUUCGUUAAUGUCUAUUGUAUAAAAGUUUGGAAUAGACAAUUGAAUGUCAUUUUGUAUGAUUUUGUGGGUUCACCGCGCCAAGAACAGACUUUUCGAAACAUUUUAAACGGACUGAAAGUAUUUCGUGGUCAUUUUACAUAAAUUAGUCUAAUAGAUUCUCUUGUAAAUUCAUUGUCGUAUGUUAAAGUUUUAUGCAUCGCGUCGAAGAUCGGCGCCUUAUGUUUCGAUGAGCAUGGUCGAUGAGCGGACAUCAUUUAGAAGCGUAAGGAACUAAAGAUAAGACGAAGCAUUUGAUCAACAGUUUUAUUAUAAAAUUGCAAGUACAUAACUACUAACAUCGCUAACGAACUAGUCGAGACUCGUAUCGCUAGGGGAUAAAUUAACGACGUGGGAGAGGAGUCUUUAGGCCGUCACUGUACAGAAUAUAAUGUGACUAAAAGCGAAACUAGUUAUAUAACUAUCGAGCAUGGUCAGCUCACUAUAGAUUUUUCAAAUGUUGUGCGUAAAAUACUCUUCUCAUUGUCGCUUCACUUGAUAUAUAGUGUAUUGUUAACAUGUCGAUAGUUAUACAUUAUUGAUAUGUAUGGUAUUGUGAUAUUACAUGCUAUGUGGAAAAAUCAUAGGAAAUGGAUAAAUACACUAGAUUAAAAGCGAAA